AUGAGCGAAAUGAUUGUCAAAGUAGUACUUUUGUUAUCGAUAAUUUUCACGUAUUAUGGCGAAAUUGAUGCAGAUUUACCAAGUUGUGAACGAGCACGUUGCCAUCAUUGUCGAGUAACUUUCAUUGCUAAGAUGUGUCCCGAUACAUGUGCACCAUGUCCAAAAGAUAAAAAUCUUCUAACGCAGAAAACUCUAAUAUUUUUUAAGGUAACAUUUUCACCUUCCUUAUAUCAAAGUGCUGGAGCUAGAUUAUUACCUAAUCAACCUGCUGCUCAAAUACCACCACCACCAUCACAGCAAUCACCCCAGACUCAGGUUGCCACUCCAGAACACACGCUUGCAGUGGUCGGCUCACAAGCUCAAUCUUAUUUACAACAGCAACCACAGCAACAAGCUGUUCCGAUCUACCCAGUCCUUAGACAACCACAAUUAUAUAACCAACAAAUACAAUCACAAGCACAACCACAACCACAACCACAAAUAUCAUAUUUACAAAUACAACAACCACAGCCACAAAUCCAACAACAACAACAGCAACAAUUUUCUUCAUUCUAUUCAUCAAAUCAACAAGCUGCUGCACGCGAAAGACAACUUUCACUACCUCAAAUACAACAACGACAACAACAGUUAUGCACUCUAAAAAUGUUUACCGAUAAAAGUAAAGGAUAUAAAAUGAUCAGUUUUUUUAAUUUCAAGUGCCCUCGACUACCUAAUUGGGAUCCUUGCAUAACAAAAGAUGAGGCUAACAAGCGAUUCAAGACAUGUUGUCAAGGACUUGGUCAAGGAUGCAGCGUAUUAUGCAACUAUGAUGCUACUUUGACCACAAUCCAACUAGCAGUACUUACGGGUCGAUGUCCACUAAACAAAGUUGGUAGUGUGAUGAUAUGUGCUAGUGGUUAUCAAGAUGCUACAGCAUGCUGUGAAGCAUACAAUGUUUUCGAACGCGGCUACGAGCAUUGCAGACCAUACUGUAAUCCAGCAGCCGGAUUGCCCCAAGGUGCUAUGCUCAGCGAACAGUACAAAUGUCUUGGAAAAUUAAGCCAAAUACAGCAAUGUUUUUACGUUUCACAAAAACCAUAA